GAGUGCCUUCUUGACCUCAAUCUUUAUUGAUCUUGGUAUCAGUACCUCCAGUGACGUGUCCUGCGGGGCGGGAGAAAAUUAACAAGUGCCUUACACACAGGGAGAGAAGGAAGCUUGACCGUUGCUGCAGAAAGUCCCCACUGUGGAGGUGGGGGUAGAGUGUUUGGGUAGCAUUAAACAGUGAGUGCCCAGUGAAAAGUACAGUGCCUGGGUGCAGCACUUUGCACCAGCUCUGAUUUUACAUCAGAAGCACAAGGCUUUGAAGCUGGCCAGUAAGGAACUUGUCAGGCAAUUGACUGAUGAUCUUGAUUUGAAUAGGAGGCUGCUGUGAAAAGGGAUGCAGCUUCUGCUAGCCACUGUGAACUUCUGAAUCACUAGGUUUGGGUCUGCUUGGAGGCACUCAGAUAACCCUGGCAUUUCCAAACCAGCUUUCCCUUUUGCUUCAGGACUUAUCUUACCCAAGCCUGCACUAUGGAGAAGUGGGACGGUAAUGAGGGCACCUCAGCUUUUCACAUGCCUGAGUGGAUGCAGAUCCAAUUUGCUGACCAGAAGCAAGAAUUCAACAAACGUCCCACCAAAAUUGGACGUCGCUCUCUGUCUCGUUCUAUUUCUCAGUCAUCUACUGACAGCUACAGCUCAGCGGCUUCAUAUACAGAUAGCUCUGAUGAUGAGACAUCCCCCAGGGACAAACAGCAAAAGAACUCUAAGGGAAGCAGUGACUUCUGUGUCAAGAACAUCAAACAGGCAGAGUUUGGACGAAGAGAAAUUGAAAUUGCUGAACAAGAAAUGCCUGCACUGAUGGCUUUGAGGAAGAGAGCUCAAGGAGAAAAGCCUUUGGCUGGAGCCAAAAUUGUGGGUUGCACACACAUCACUGCUCAGACCGCUGUGCUUAUGGAAACUCUAGGUGCUCUGGGGGCACAGUGCCGAUGGGCUGCCUGCAACAUCUAUUCCACUCUCAAUGAAGUGGCUGCUGCUCUAGCAGAAAGUGGAUUUCCUGUCUUUGCCUGGAAAGGAGAGUCAGAAGAUGACUUUUGGUGGUGCAUUGAUAGAUGCGUGAAUGUAGAAGGCUGGCAGCCGAACAUGAUCUUGGAUGAUGGAGGGGAUCUCACUCACUGGAUUUAUAAAAAAUAUCCCAACAUGUUUAAGAAAAUCAAGGGCAUAGUAGAGGAGAGUGUCACUGGAGUUCAUAGGCUCUAUCAACUGUCCAAAGCUGGGAAGCUGUGUGUUCCAGCCAUGAAUGUCAAUGACUCAGUCACCAAACAGAAAUUUGACAACCUCUACUGUUGCCGUGAAUCAAUUCUUGAUGGUCUUAAAAGGACUACAGAUAUGAUGUUUGGUGGAAAGCAAGUGGUGGUCUGUGGCUAUGGGGAGGUGGGGAAGGGGUGCUGUGCUGCCCUGAAAGCCAUGGGCUCCAUUGUGUAUGUAACUGAGAUUGACCCCAUCUGUGCCCUGCAAGCCUGUAUGGAUGGAUUUCGACUGGUCAAAUUAAAUGAGGUCAUCCGACAAGUGGACAUUGUUAUUACCUGUACAGGUAACAAGAAUGUGGUAACCAGAGAGCACUUGGACCGUAUGAAGAAUAGCUGCAUCGUUUGUAACAUGGGACAUUCCAACACAGAGAUUGAUGUGGCGAGUCUGCGGACACCAGAACUGACCUGGGAGCGAGUGAGAUCCCAAGUUGACCAUGUGAUAUGGCCUGAUGGCAAGAGGAUAGUACUGCUGGCAGAGGGCCGUCUGCUGAACCUAAGCUGCUCCACAGUGCCUACAUUUGUGCUCUCAAUCACCGCUACUACUCAGGCUCUCGCCUUGAUAGAGCUUUACAAUGCUCCUGAGGGACGCUAUAAGCAGGAUGUCUACCUGUUGCCCAAGAAAAUGGAUGAGUAUGUGGCGAGCCUACACCUGCCCACCUUUGAUGCCCACCUGACAGAGCUGACAGAUGAACAGGCCAAGUAUCUGGGACUCAACAAAAAUGGGCCCUUCAAGCCUAAUUACUACAGGUAUUAAGUUCCUGUAACUCAAGCCAGAAGUUUUAAGGAAUAGAACUCCAAGCCUUUUCUCCACUACUAUACAAGAAAGAAUUCAGCAAGCUGCUUCUCCAAUCAGAGCUGCCCGCCGUGCUCACCUUAUUUGUUAGGUUAUUUAUUUAUUAAAAUCUAGAAUCCUGUGCCUGUAGCUUUGGCCCAGAGUGUGGUUACUGCCCUGAGGGCCAUCAGAGUCACAGAGGACAGGCUGAGGAAGGAAAGACAUGGGGUAACCGCUCCCAGUGCAUCAUUCGCAUCAUUCCCUGUGGACUCUGAAUCCUCAGCAGUGGCCAUUUUUCUCUUGUUCAGGCUCAGGAGUUAGUCCAGGGAUUCCAGACUCCUUGUUCCUUGGGGUUUUUUGGAAUAAAUUAUCAGUAGCUGCCUUUCUCAGCUUCGGCCCUUCCCCAGGUGAGGCCUUUUGGAAGCCUCUGCAUUAACACAGUCUUGACCAUCACUAUCACUGCCUUCUUUAUACAAAGGCUAGUAAGGAAGGAGUGUUAUUUAUAGCUUUGGCAAGCUACACCGGGAACUCAGCUGUGCUGUGCCUAUUGGGGGGGGGGGUCUCCUUCCUUACCCAGCAUUCCUUUCUUCUUGAAUAUUUAUGUCCAUUUUAAUGCUUUCUGGUUCCAAGAGGGAUGUGCCUCCAUUAUUUCCUCCACAGCUCCGGUGUUUGUCAGACACUUUGUCGUCUUUCUAACCCAGCUAACCUCUGCUCAGGAAGUGGGGACCAUAUCUACUGGUACCCAUAGUUUUACUUCCUUGUCAUUUAACUGGUUUCCUAAGAAUCCCCCUCCAGAUUGGUGCUGUCUCAGAAAGGAGGGCUUGUGGUAAAACAGUGCUUCCUGAAAGUUCCUGCUGUUGCCUAAAACUACUUCCAAAAGUGAGUAGGGAAAGGCAUCCUUUCCCAGGGAUUUAGGGGUUUAAGGCUUUUUUUUUUUUUUUAAUGGGACAGGUCUUUCAGGCCCACGGCAUGACACCCUAAAGAAACAGUAUAUUUAUUUGUUCCCCAGGAAGGCAUUUGCAGCUUGACUGGACGAGGGAUACAGAGAUGACACUGUAAACUGUAUCCAGAUGAUCAAAGCUAGUUUGACUAGUUUGAACCUCAUCAGAAAUUCAUCCCUUUGGCUAUUUCCAUUGAUGAAACUGAGAUCUGCAAUCUGAUCUGUGGUCUUUCUUUGCUGGCUUAUCUUUUAUGAUUUGACCUCUUCCAUUUUCUGUAUUUUAGAGAAUAUAGAAUAGUUUCUUGAGUAACUCCAACAUUACAAAAAAUUAGUAAUGUGAGCUGCAUGAAAUUUUAUGUCCCACCCAAGAACUGAGUUUCUUUUGGAUACUGACAUACUGGUCUCAGGGGUUCCAUUGGGAGCAGAUUAGUUCUAAGAGUUAAAGUCUGGAGUGACCCUAGGAAUAUUGAAUAAAAUAAGUCCCUCUUCCCCCUACUGAUCCUAUUUAACACUGUGUUUGUUUCCCAUUUUUUCCUAUGCUGGUCUGCCUCAAAGUCUCAAGACCAAGGUGACUCAAGGAAACACCAUAUCAUCCGUGAUCACUAUAACUUUCCCAUCCUGAUUCUCUUCUCCCACCGUUACUCUCUCCAACUUCUCCUGGUCUUCACAUAUGCCCUCAGAGCUCAUCUGGAAGUGACCUUAGUAUUGGAGGUAGGGAGGUGGAACUUGGGUAAAUGGCUGUUUGCCUCAGUAAAUAAUAUACAGGCUCAGCCUACUCAGUCCAGUUCUUCAGAGGCCAUAUGUCUCAGCAAGUAUGGAGAAGUGCUACAUACAUGGCUAUAUUCUUUUUUAUAAGGAAGAUUAUAAAUGUUGAAAAUCCCACUGAGCCACUCAGUUCUUCCCUUUGCUUACCCAGUUCUGAUUUUUGUAUUGAUUGGAUCCUUUUAGUAAAAGAUUCAGAUCCUUGUACCUCAUCUUAUAUCCAGAGCAGAUUCCAUUUGGCAGAUAUAUGGACUCUAGCCUAUUAUGUUCCUAGACCAAAAAUCAUAACCUGCUGAUUCUCAGCAAAGCCUUGCUCUCUAUGGAGCUUAUUGUGUGCUGGUAUUUAUAGAGUACACUCUGCCUUGCCAUAGUGAAGAGACCCAUUCCAAAUAAAAAAGGAGCCACACUGGGCUUCUAAGUUAGGUUGCCAGUGCUGCUGCCCAUGGUGAGGUAUUUGCCCCUGCAUUUCAGGUGACCUCUCUUCCUCACUCUCUGGGAACCCUGUGUCAUCAAGCAUUAAGAAGAAGGAAGCCGGGUUUCCCAAAUAUUUGGGUUCUAUCUUAGUGUUGGAAAUCUGGUCAUUAUUCCCUCUACCUUUGGAAUCAGAGCAAAUGUGUCUUCUUUCCUCCAGCCUCUCACCUUAGAUGCAUCCUAGCUAUCUGGAAGCAUGGGAAAGAAGGCUAAUUAUCUCUUCAUAUGUGGCCCUUGCCUGUGAGGAUACAUACCAUUUUCUCUACAAUGAAUUUGUGCAAGUUUUCAAGGUCUUUUUUGCCUUCUUAAUGGAAAUAGUUUUUUCUCAUUAAAAAAAAAUUGUAUCUAGUCUACCUUCCCUUUGCCCCCCUGCCUCCCCAUCGUACCUUCCCAUAUGAGCACGGCUCCCACGGCCACACACUCCUGCAAAGCUUUUUUGCUGCUUGGCUUUUCUCUAAACAGAUAUGAAAUUGCUGCUCCUGUGGUUUUCUCAAAAUUAACUGUGUCAUGGUUUAAAAGAAAAAAAGGAAUUAAAAUGCAAAAUUAUUGCAUUAAGCUUUUUUAUAAAGGAAAAUUACGGAAGGAAAAUAGGAAACACCAGCAAAUUAUAUGUGGAUAAGUUCUAAACUAUAUAUACAUAUAUAUAUCAGUAAUCAUCUAGUUCUGUCAUCUUACUGAAAGGAAUACAACCUCUAAGGAUCAUCAUUUCUAAGAAGCUCUUGGAAAUCUUUAUGUCUAAGUGAUUGUAUUAGAUCAGCAAUAAUGACUAUGUAAUCUCAAAAGACAAAUAAAAUAUUCUUAAAAUGGA